GUGCUUUUGCUUCCCCUUUAUGAUUUGUCCAUUCGCUCUGUAGAGGAUAAGACAUUAAGCCUCUCCAUACCAGCCACCAUCUCCAUUAUCAGAGGAUCUAAAUGCCACGUGGUCCUCAACAGAGUUCCUGAGCCCUGCAAGGAAGACAAUUUUCAGUGUGAAAAUGGAGAGUGCAUCCCGCUGGAGAAUCUCUGUGACAGCCACCCACACUGUGAGGACGCCUCAGACGAAGCACAUUGUGUGCGUCUUUUCAAUGGCACAAAGAACAACAAUGGUUUGGUGCAGUUCAGGAUCCAGAACCUGUGGCAUGUAGCUUGUGCUGAGAACUGGACCACCCAGAUUUCAAAUGAGGUUUGUCAACUUCUGGGACUAGGGACUGGAAACUCAUCAGAGCCAAUCUCCUCUACUGGAGGUGGACCAUUUGUAAAAUUAAACACAGCACCUAAUGGCAGCUUAAUACUAACACCCAGUCAACAGUGUUCACAGGAUUUGCUGAUUCUGUUACAAUGUAACCAUAAAUCAUGUGGACAAAAACUGGUGGCUCAAGAAGUCAGCCCGAAGAUUGUUGGAGGAACUAAUGCCAAAGAAGGGGCCUGGCCCUGGCUCGUUGCUCUGUAUUAUAACAGCCAACUGAUCUGUGGCGCGUCUCUCGUCAGCAGUGACUGGCUGGUGUCUGCCGCACACUGCGUGUAUGGGAGAAAUUUAGAGCUAUCUAAGUGGACAGCAAUCCUAGGCCUGUAUAAGACAUCGAAUCUGACUUCUCCUCAAGUAGUAACUCGGUUGAUAGAUCAAAUUGUCAUAAAUCCACAUUACAAUAGACGAAGAAAGGACAAUGACAUUGCCAUGAUGCAUCUUGAAUUGAAAGUGAAUUACACAGAUUAUAUACAACCUAUUUGUUUACCAGAAGAAAAUCAAGUUUUUCCUCCAGGAAAGAGUUGUUCUAUUGCUGGCUGGGGGACAGUUGAAUAUCAAGGUCCUACUGCAGACAUUCUGCAAGAAGCUGAUGUUCCUCUUCUGUCAAAUGAGAAAUGUCAACAACAGAUGCCAGAAUAUAAUAUUACUGAAAAUAUGAUAUGUGCAGGCUACGAAGAAGGAGGAAUAGAUACUUGUCAGGGGGAUUCAGGAGGACCGCUAAUGUGCCAAGAAGACAACAGGUGGUUCCUUGUUGGAGUGACCUCAUUCGGAUACCAGUGUGCACUGCCUAAUCGCCCAGGGGUGUAUGCCCGGGUCCCAAGGUUCACAGAAUGGAUACAGAGUUUUCUACAUUAGAGCAUUUCUCAAACCAAACAUGAAAGUUGGGCAGUUUUGCCAUUCUACUCAAAGGAGCAUGAAAAUUGAGAGUUUUGCAAAAAAAAAAAAAAAAACCAGUUAUUAAAAACCUUUAUUCUUACCAAAGCCACUGAAAUGCU